UCCCGCGCGCCGCUGCCGCUAAGGGAAGGAAGUUGGGGCCCGAGCGGCCUGGGCUCUGUUGGGAAGGCCGGGGGCCGCAGCGGCAGCUACCUGGAUACCCUGAAGGCGGCACGAUGGGAGACGAUAUGGAUGCCAUAGUCCCCGAGCGGGAGAUGAAGGACUUUCAGUUUAGAGCAUUGAAGAAAGUGAGGAUCUUUGAUUCUCCGGAAGAAUUGCCCAAGGAGCGCUCGAGUGUGCUCGCCAUAUCCAAUAAGUAUGGUUUGCUCUUUGCUGCUGGCGCCAAUGGCUUGUGUGUUUUUCCUACUAAAAGCCUUCUUAUUCAAAACAAACCCGGAGAUGAUCCCAAUAAAAUUGUUGAGACAGUCCAAGGCUUGAAUGUCCCUCUGAAAUUCCCAGUACAUCACCUGGCACUGAGCUGUGACAACCUCACACUCUCUGCGUGCAUGGUGUCCAGUGAAUACGGCUCCAUUGUAGCUUUUUUUGACGUUCGUACAUUUUCAAAUGAGGCUAAACCACUGAAACGUCCAUUUACCUAUCACAAGCUUUCAAAGGAUGCAGAUGGGAUGGUGACUGAUAUGAAGUGGAACCCCACUGUCCCUUCCAUGGUGGCAGUUUGUCUGGCUGAUGGCAGUAUUGCUGUCCUGCAAGUUACAGAGGUGGUGAAAGUGUGUGCCACUCUUCCUCCCUCGGCAGCGGUUACAUGUGUGUGCUGGAGCCCCAAAGGAAAGCAGCUGGCGGCAGGAAAGCAGAACGGAACUGUGGUCCAGUAUCUUCCCACUUUGCAGGAAAAAAAGGUCAUUCCGUGUCCUCCAUUUUAUGAGUCAGAUCAUCCUGUGAGAGUUCUGGAUGUGCUGUGGAUUGGUACCUAUGUCUUCAUGAUAGUCUAUGCUGGUGCAGAUGGGACCUUGGAAACCUGUCCAGAUGUGGUGGUAGCUUUACUCCCGAAAAAAGAAGACAGGCACCCAGAGAUAUUUGUGAACUUCAUGGAGCCCUGCUACAGCAGCUGCACAGAGCGACAGCAUCAUUACUACCUCAGUUACGUCGAGGAGUGGGAUUUAGUGCUGGCAGCAUCCGCAGCGUCAACAGAAGUUAGCAUCCUAGCUCGACAAAGUGAUCAGACUACUUGGGAGUCUUGGCUACUGGAGGACUCGAGUCGAGCUGAACUGCCUGUGACAGACAAGAGUGAUGAUUCCCUGCCCAUGGGCGUUGCCAUAGAUUAUACCAAUGAAGUGGAAGUCGCCAUCAAUGAUGAAAAGACACUUCCUGCUGCUCCGGUUCUCCUGUUACUUUCAACAGAUGGUGUGCUUUGUCCAUUUUACAUGAUCAAUCAAAAUCCUGGGGUCAGGUCCCUAGUCAAGACCUUAGAGCUGGUCUCGGUAGAAGGAGAGCGGCAGCCCAAGUCAUCAGGAAGCUUUCCCACCACGCCAACCUCCCCUCAGGCGCCGCCACCGCUGCAGAACCUUGAUGUCUCAGCACCAGCCUCUUCGCCUCUUGCACCUGUGACCUCUGCUGCACCUCCCACCACCUUCCCUUUGCCCUCUGCUGGCGGAGCCCCUUCUGUGUUCUCCUUUGGCCCUUCAUCCUUGAAGUCCUCCUCCGCUCCCGUCACCGGGGAGCCCCCUCCCUAUCCCACUGGCUCUGACAGUUCCCGAGCCGCUCUGGCCUCUGGCCCCUCCUCCACCUUCUCUUUUGCUCCUCCUUCCAAAGGCUCCCUGGCCCUCCCCGCUGCGGCAUCCCCCAUGGCCCCAGCUGCCGCUCCCUUCGCUUUUGGAUCCUCAUCAGGUUUUAAGCCCACCUUGGAAAGCACACCAAUGCCCACUGCCCCAAACACAGGGAUGAAGCCUUCGUUCCCACCCUCAGCCUCUUCCGUGAAAGUGAACCUGAGUGAAAAGUUCACGGCUGUGGCCUCUGCUCCUGUUCACAGCUCCACAAGCACACCCUCUGUGCUGCCAUUUUCUUCCUCCCCGAAACCAGCUGCUUCUGGACCACUCAGCCAUCCCACGCCUCUGCCAGCAUCGUCCAGCUCCAUGACUUCAAGCGUUCCUUUGAAGUCUUCAGUCUCUCCCUCGCCAUCAGCAGGCCGAUCUACUCCGACUAUUCCAAGUUCAGUGUCCUCCAUGGUGCAGAAAUCACCCAGGAUAAACCCUCCAGUGGCAAAGUCAGGCUCUCCUCAGGCCAAGUCACUUCAGCCUCCUGUCACAGAGAAACAGGGACAUCAGUGGAAAGAUUCAGACCCUGUGAUGGCUGGAAUUGGAGAGGAGAUCGCACACUUCCAGAAAGAGCUGGAGGAGCUAAAGGCCCGGACCUCCAAAGCCUGUUUCCAGGUGGGCACCGUGGACGAGAUGAAGAUGCUGCGGACAGAGUCGGAUGACUUGCACACCUUCCUCUUCGAGAUUCGAGAGGCCACAGAGUCUCUUCAUGGAGACAUAACUGCCCUGAAAACCACUUUGCUGGAGGGCUUUGCUGGUGUCGAAGAAGCCAGAGAACAGAACGGAAGAAACCAGGACUCUGGGUAUCUGCACCUGCUUUAUAAAAGACCUCUGGAUCCCAAGAGUGAAGCUCAGCUCCAGGAAAUCCGCCGCCUUCAUCAGUAUGUGAAAUUUGCUGUUCAGGAUGUGAAUGAUGUUCUAGACUUAGAGUGGGACCGGCAUCUGGAACAGAAGAGAAGACAGAGGCGCCUACUUGUGCCAGAACGAGAGACACUUUUUAACACACUAGCCAACAACCGGGAAAUCAUCAACCAGCAGAGGAAGAGGUUGAAUCACCUGGUGGACAGUCUGCAGCAGCUCCGUCUCUAUAACCAGACAUCCCCGUGGAACCUGCCCUCAACACUUUCAACUCAGAACAGCACUCACAGUUUUGACAGUGACCUUGAAAGCCUGCUCAAAACUACCAUUGAAUCUCACACCAAGCCGUCUCCCAGAGUGCCAGCUAAACUGUCCCCUGCGAAACAGGCCCAACUAAGGAACUUCUUGGCCAAAAGGAAGACCCCGCCAGUGAGGUCCACCGCUCCAGCCAGCCUGUCUCGGUCGGCCUUCCUGUCUCAGAGGUACUAUGAAGACUUAGAUGAAGCCAGCUCCACAUCAUCCAUCUCUCAGCCUCUGGAGGGAGAAGAUGCCCGGUCACCCUGCAAAGAGGAGGAGGCUGUGGUCCAGGUCCAUCGGCAUGCCCCUGUGGUCCGCACACCUUCUAUCCAACCCAGUCUCCUGCCCCAGGCGAUGCCUUUUGCUAAGCCUCACCUGAUUCAUAGUUCUUCACCUGCUGUAAUGAGCUCUUCAAUCUCUACAUCAGCCAGCAAAAUUAUUCCUCAAGGAGCCGACAGCACAAUGCUGGCAACCAAAACGGUUAAGCAUGGUGCACCAGGUCCUUCCCACCCUGUCGCAGCUCCCCAGGCGGCCGCUGCUGCAGCCCUGAGACGACAGAUGGCCAAUCAGGCACCAGCUGUGAGCACUCUCACCGAGUCAACUUUGAAGAAUGUCCCUCAAGUGGUAAAUGUCCAAGAACUAAAGAGUAAUCCUACAACUCCUUCUGUGGUCAUGAGUUCUUCAGUGCCGCCGCUGCCACCGCACUCAACAGCCAAAACACCUCAUGCAGUGUUAGCCCCAGUGGCUACCGGCCAGGCUAAGCAGGGGUCUCCGAUCAAUUCCUUCAAGCCGCCGGGACCCACACCAGCAUCCUGUCACUCGUCCUCUGGCGAUAAAGCUGCAGGUUCAGGGACAGCCAAGACAGAAUCAGCUGUGACCUCGACUCCAUCUGCUGUCGGGCAGCUCAGCAAGCCUUUCUCAUUUGCUCCAUCAGGGACUGCCUUUACUUUUGGGACAAUCACACCAACACCAUCUUCUAGCCUCACUGCCACCCCAGGGGUAGCACCCCCCACGAAAGAGUCAAACCAGCCCGAGACGUUCUCAUUUGGCGGGGGAGGCAAACCUUUCUGUGAGACCAUUCCUGGAGGCUCCCCUCCCACAGGCCCCACAUCGGCACCCAGCACUUCUGUAACAACUGCUUCUCCAGGAGACUCCGCUCCGGCCAACAGCAGGCCUGCAGCUCCUUCUGGAAUUCCUGUGUCCGCUGCCGCAAGCAAAGUGGACGCUCCAGUGUCCAAGCUGGGCGAGCUCCUGUUCCCAAGUUCCCUAGCUGGAGAGACACUAGGGAGCUUUUCAGGACUUCGUGUUGGCCAAGCUGAGGACUCUUCAAAGCCAGUCAAUAAGGCCUCAUCCACAAGCCUAGCGGGAGUCCAGCCAGCCAAGCCCUCAGGGUUUAGCUUUUCUAGCGCCCCAGUGGUAGGGAAGCCUGUGGAGCCCACUGUGCCGCCACCGUCCUCUGGAGCCCCUGCGCUGGCCGCCCCGGCCGCACCCCUGAAUGUGAGCACCAGCACUCCCUCGGCUCCCGUCUUUGGCGGUCUGCCCCUUAGCAGUGCUGGACCUUCUGGGCUCGUCAGCUUUGCCGGGCCAUCUCUGGUGUCUAGCAAAGUUGGUUUCUCAUUUGGAAGCCCACAGACGAGUAGUGCAGCAGCAUCAGCUGCCCCAACAGUGACCUCAGUUGCCCCUUCCCUUACAUCGUCUUUCCCCACCUUAUCGUUUGGUGGCCUCUUGAGUUCAACAUCAGCUUCUCCCCUGCCUGUGUCCUCUGGUAAGAGCACAGAGGAGGCCACACCAUCAGCUGUGCCUGAGAAGUCAGGCCAUGGUGAAGUCUCGGCAUCAGCACCCUCCCUUCCGGUACAACCACAGUCAACCCAGCCUCCCCAGGCUUCUCUGCAAACUUCUGACCCUGUCAAAAAAGAACCUGUUCUUGUGCAAACCGCAGACAGCAGCCCCAGCCCACCAGCAUCCGCUGCCAGUCUUGUGGCAUCCACGGAGGCCCCUCCGAUAGCCCCAGGGGGCCCUGACAGCAAGACCGAGGCUGUGUCUCCUGCUUCCACCUUUGCAGGGCCGGGGCAGGCUGCUGUUGGCGCAGCUGUCCUCCCAGGGGCAGGCUCAGGAGCCAUCGAGGCAUCGGCUACCCCGAGCACCUCCAGCACCGCCUCCAGCGGUGCCCCAGCUUCUGCCACCGAGACAGCCGUGUUUGGGACCGCCACUUCUGGCUCCUCGGUCUUUACACAGCCCUCUGCUGCCAGCGCUAGCUCAGCGUUCAGCCAGCCCCCCAGCAGCACGGCCACCGCGCCCUCUGGCACCCCCGUGUUUGGACAGGUGGUCACCAGCAGCACGGCCGCGGCCACACCCCAGGCCAGCAGCUCGGCGUUUGGCAGCCCCGCGUUUGGUGCUUCAGCGCCCGCCACCGUCUUCGGACAGACGGCCUUUGGGCAGGCCCCCGCCUUCGGGCAGGCGGCAGGCAGCCCUGCGAGUGGCUUCUCCUUCAGCCAGCCCAGCUUCAGCUCUGCGCCUGUCUUUGGCCAGGCUGCCUCCUCUACGCCCACGUCCACCAGUGCCAGUGUCUUUGGAGCUGCCUCGAGUGCCAGCAGCCCUGGUUCCUUCUCUUUUGGACAGUCUUCCACCAACACCGGAGGGACGUUGUUUGGCCAAAACAACCCUCCUGCCUUUGGUCAGAGCCCUGGCUUUGGGCAGGGAGGCUCUGUGUUUGGCGGAACCUCGGCCACUACCUCCACAGCUGCACCGUCAGGGUUCAGCUUUUGUCAGGCCUCCGGUUUUGGAUCUAGUAAUACUGGUUCUGUGUUUGGUCAAGCAGCUAGUACUGGUGGAUCAGUCUUUGGCCAGCAGUCAUCUACUUCCAGUGGUGGCCUGUUUGGGUCUGGAAACACUGCAAGAGGGGGCGGUUUCUUCAGUGGCCUUGGAGGAAAACCCAGCCAGGAUGCUGCCAACAAAAACCCAUUCAGCUCAGCCAGUGGGGGCUUUGGAUCUACAGCCACCCCAAAUACCUCUAAUCUGUUUGGAAACAGUGGCGCUAAGACAUUCGGAGCAUUUAGCAGUUCAUCCUUCGGGGAACAGAAGCCUGCUGGCACUUUCAGCUCUGGCGGUGGAAGUGUAGCAUCCCAAGGCUUUGGAUUUUCCACUCCAAAUAAAACAGGUGGCUUCGGUGCUGCUCCAGUGUUUGGCAGCCCUCCUACUUUUGGGGGAUCCCCUGGGUUUGGAGGGGUGCCAGCAUUCGGUUCAGCCCCAGCCUUUACAAGCCCUCUGGGCUCGACGGGAGGCAAAGUGUUCGGAGAGGGCACUGCGGCCGCCAGCACAGGAGGAUUCGGGUUCGGGAGCAGCAGCAACACUGCGUCCUUCGGUACCCUCGCCAGUCAGAACGCGCCCACCUUCGGGUCCUUGUCCCAGCAGACCUCAGGCUUCGGGACCCAGAACAGUGGUUUCUCUGGGUUUGGAUCAGGCACAGGAGCAUUCACCUUCGGAUCGUCUAACUCGUCUGUCCAGGGCUUCGGUGGCUGGAGAAGCUGAGCCCGCGUCAGCUCUUCUGGUUCCUGUGACCCAUAGUGCACGUCCUCGAGAGCACACCGGAGCAGGCUGUCAGAUGAACACGCUCGUGAAAACGCACACCCACGAAGAAACAUUGGAGACCAAAGUGCGGCAACGCCUAACUGCCUGUCCGCUCCUUUCAGAUUUCAUAUCGGGUUUUUUAUUUUUAUUUUUCUCUGCUAUUAAAGUGUUUGGGCUGGUUCUGUA